AUGUUCCGUCUGCCCUGCCUCUUACUUGCGCUCGCUGCGACUAGCCUCGCUGCCGUCCCCGAGGGCUAUCGCAAGGUCAUCAUACCUACCAAAGUGAAUACCCAAUAUGUGGUGGUGCCUUCAACAGCUACGAAUGGCAGCAUGCUCGUGGUUCAGUCCAAGACAGGUGCUGCUGGUCAACAGUGGCAUCUACAAAGCGGAAACAGCACCAUCAUCUAUGCACCAGACACCACACUCUGUCUCGAUGCAGGUGCCCAAAGCAACUGGAAAGACAUGUCAAGGGUCUAUCUCGUGACCUGCGCCCCCAACUCUGCCUCACAGCAAUGGGACGUCAUGGCCGAUGGGCGUAUUGCUCUUGUUGCAUCCAAGCCCCAGGAAUGCUUGGACCUCCAGUACAUGCGUGCCACGCCGAACAACCCCGUUGGCCUCUACAGCUGUGCAGGCUUGGGAGGGAUCGGCGCGGCGGAUGACGGGCUCAACUGGCCACUUGUGAAUGCAACGGGCUAG